AUGGAUACCAACAUAGAACAUACUAUCCUUUCAGAAUUUGUAACAAAUAGCGAUCUGGAUCGCCUAUUUGACUGGUUACAUGAAGAUUCAAAAAGAAACGUGAUACUGAAUAAUUUUAUUAGUGAGAGGGUAGGACAUCAAGACGUUUCUAGGUUCAUUUGCGAACAUGCACAAUUUUUGUAUACUGGGAAAAUCAAAGAGCCAUACAAGCUCUUUGACAAUGAAGACCUUAAUAAUGUCGCUACUGCAUUAGGGGGUUCUUCGGUUUACUCUGGCGGAAAACGUAGCAACAAUGACUAUAGGAGGCUACCUUCAUUUGAGCGAGCAAGUGGCUUCAUGUCAAUCUUGGAGCAGGCUUGUAGAAAGGUUGACAAAUCUCUAGCAUAUAGCUCAAUUUCUCAGCUUUUUGGGCAUGUCAAGGAUGAUGCAGCACACCUGCUAAGGAUCUUGACAGAUGUUAUAACAAAAAGCGAAAAGAGAUCACCAUUAGUUACUAGCUCCCUCGUUUCAAUAUUGGAACAUGUAGAAGGUUGGAAUAUUGAUAAUGCUGAAUUGUGUGCAUUCCUAGAGUCAAUGAGUAAGAUUAGGGAAGAAGAUGAUUCUCAUGAUGUAGUUCCGGCUUCGCUUCAUGCCUUCAUUACAAAGAUCGUAGCCAAUCGCAAGAGUGACAAUGAUACCUCAUCGUUGGCCAAUAUAGUGUGUAGCCUUAAACAGAGUCCAUUUAAUUGGAUAGCUUCAAUGUGUCUUGUACAUACAACCAGCAUUGCGGGUCCCCUGGAUACCAUUCCUCUCAGUGAAGCAAUAUGUGCAUUUACACUAUUGAGUUGCAACAAUAGUACAUUUCCAAAGGUAUACACGCUUGAAACAGUUGCUUUUAUGUGUUUAAAGGUUGCACAUGUACUCGUAGAAAACUCUGACACAGAUGAUGUAUAUUCUAUGGGAAUCUCAAUGUGUGAUAUAGCAAUUUCAAAUCUGAGGGGAUAUAACCUAAAUUCUGGCCAAGAAAUUGAGAAUUCGGCGCUGAUCCCUUGGCAGCCCGUGGAAUUCCUCACAAUUUUGUUGGACAAGUCCCAUGAAAGGACCGAAGAUGUAUCCAGACUUCUAAAAGGCAUUUUAUUUACGUUAGAUUGUGGUACAAGGGAUCAAAUUUUAAGAGGUGUCCUGAAAUCUUGCUCUACUGAUGUUGGACUGGCACUCUCUAUUGGAGAAUGUAAAGAACAGAGCGUACAGUGGCUAGGGUGCACACACUUUCAUACGGAAUUUGUAAAGUCGGCAAUAGGAAUCUUAAAAGAUCGUUUAGCAAAUGUAGAGAACAUACAAGAGUUUUCUUGUUCAUUAUCUAGGCUUCUCAACUGGCUCAAGUUUCUUUGUCUAUGCAAAUACAGAAAUCAUUACUUGGCGUUCAUUAAGCGCUCCUUGAUUGAAGAUGUACGGAGUAAGUUUGUUAGCUCUUUGGAAGGGGUUGUUGAUAACCAGCAGAAGUUAAUAGAAAUGUUAUUUGAAGAGUUGUUGCAGCUUUUAGAGAGGUAA